AUGCCGAAAAUCAGAACACAACGAACCAAGCGACCGCCGGCAGGCUUUGACGAUAUUGAGCCGACGUUGGAAGAAUUUGCAAAGAAAAUGAAAGAAGUGGAGAAUGAACCUCACGAAGGAAAACGUAUUGUGGAAAGCACAUGGCCCGUCUUCCGUAUUCAUCAUCAACGCACACGUUAUAUCUACGAUCUGUACUAUAAACGAAAAGCCAUCUCGCGAGAGUUAUAUGAUUACUUACUAAAGAACAAAUACGCAGAUGCUAAUCUCAUCGCCAAGUGGAAAAAGCCUGGAUUCGAAAAAUUAUGUUGUCUUCGUUGCAUUCAACCUCGCGAUACCAACUUUGGCACCACCUGUAUCUGUCGUGUUCCGAAGGAAAAGCUGGAAGAAGGCAAAACGGUCGAAUGCGUUCAUUGUGGAUGCAGAGGAUGUGCAAGUGGAGACUAG